GUAGAAAUGGCGGCUUCCACGUCCAAUGUGGAGGAUAUUACACGACUAUUAGAAGAGCAUUUAUCAAAAUUGGGAUUUGAAAUAUAUCCUCUGAAGGUCGGCUGGUACAACUCGGUGCUGCCUCCCUCCCUGCGGCUCGGGCACCCUGAUGACCGCCUGGCCGUGCUGGUGCUCAGCACUCCGGCCAUGUUUGAAGAAGCCUUUCUGCCCUUCGUGGAGCAGAGAGGCUUCCAGACGCUGUCCGACCCGGUGGACCAGUGUGUCCGACACUGCGUCUCCUCUGCUGUGGCCCAGUGUUUCGCAGGUAACGAGGUGGAUGUGAGCUACGACUACGAGCUGCUUCCCAGCAGGAAGCCCAGGUUUUUGGCUCAGACUGCAGCCCACGUGUGCGGAGCAGCUUUCUACUACCAGCAGGCGGACGUCAGGGAGCAGCCCUGGGCCCACAAAAAGAUGUUUGGAGUGUGUGUGCACCCAAGGUUCGGGGGCUGGUUUGCCAUCAGAGCCCUGUUGGUGUUUGGGGGGGUGACGGUGGACUCUGAAAUGCUACAGCCAGAUCCUCCAGACUGUGUCCCCUCCAGAGAGGGAAGGAUCCAGCUCCUGGAGGCUUUCAACCUCCGCUGGCAGGACUGGAGCUACAGAGACGUCGUGCCUCCGGUUCAGAUCUACUCUCAGAGACAGAAGGACUACUUUUCCACUCCUCCCGCUCAGCGCGUGGCUCUGCUCAGGACCUGGGGCUUCCUGUCCAGAGGAAGCGAAGCCGUUGAUUCUCAGACUCCAGCUUCCUGCCCAGAAGAAGUCUGCUGAGCUUCGGAGGAAGAUUUAAUGAGCUGCUUGCGAUGUGAUUCAGGAUGAGUGAAACCUGUGUACCGCUACUUUAAACACGGCCGCUGCCUUUCACCAAAUAUUCUGAUAUUAUAUAUUUAGAUAAUGCACUUUGUGUCCGACUAUCAACAAGACAACCUGGAUAACACUUUUAUAUUAUGUUAAAAUGAAGCCAUAAAAAGAACAAUGAAAACAAAAUAAAUGCAUCCAUUGGUUUGAUUUCAUAACACAUGAAAAAAUGUAUAUUAUUUGUUUAUAUACUUAGAUUUCUCCUAAAGUCAACCAAAUGUAACCUUAGAUUACACUUCAUGGCAUAUAUGAACAUUACAUUUCAGAAAACAUAAUUAACUUUACAUAAAAUAUAAAAGUAAAACUAAAAAAUAGGAGAUUCUACUCAGCAGUAGCAGUGUGGUGAGCAGUGACUGCUGCUUAGACAUUAUGGGCAAUAUGCUAUACAAAAUAAAAUGAAUUAAAUUUAAUUCUAAAAAGGCUUACAUUUAUAUUAAGUAUAUCCUCCCCUUCGUCCCCCAGUUGCUCUGCAGUGGCCUGCAGCAGCAGGUGUAUUCUCAUGUUCCUCCUCUAGAGGAGGCUGUUCUCCAGAUGAAGCAUUGAGGGGUUUCUGUUCUUUCUGAAUAUUUCUUAUUCAGAAAACAAUUUUCAGAUAAUAAAUAUAAAUGAAUCUGAUUUAACUCUGUGUCUCUCUGCAUCUCCUCUCCUCACCCUUUCCCUCAUGCAACUUGUCCUUCU